CAGUUAUCCAUGAGACAGGUAAGAAAGAUCAUACGAUGAGAAGCACUCCACUAUAGCCAAGGCGGAUGAGAACCUAACGUAUAGCACCCUUGACAUCUUCUGCAUCCCUUAUCAUACAACGCCGAUUCCGACUUCACGAAUACCAUCUCAACACUCGACUAUAGUAAAGACAAGAAGCAACUGCCCACGCAACCAACACGAUGAAUGAAAAGCUCCUCUCGCGGAUCGCAGACCCAUACAACGUCUACCUCGACGCAAAGAAGACGCCCGGAUUCACGCACGUGAAAGACCUCCAGCAAGAAAGUGCCGACAAAGCAAGCGAGUUAUUGAUGCUGAAUCAUGCGAAGUACCACACACUCUUUAAUGAUGUCGGGCUACACAAUCACAUUGUUCAUCAUAUAUGCACGAUAUACGCUCUGGGUGCAACGCCAGAGGAACUACAGGCGGCGUAUGAUUUGAACGAACCGUAUCAGGUUUCAAUGUCCCAUCAUGAUGACGGUGAAGUAUCUGUUGCAGUCGACAUGACCGAUCUGAAGGCCUUCAAAAGUCAUUUAGGGGAGUCCAAACACUACAGCGACUAUCUCCACUUCUUCCAGGCGCUCAUCGCCAAAAAGGGAGUGGAAGCAGUAUUGAAACAAUACCUCUUCAACGAUGAAGAGAGCGGUACCGACUUGUUAGGACGGAUGUUUAGUGGUUUCCUCCACCCCAUCCUCCAUCUCGGUUUCGCUCUCGAAUUCCAGCAGCCUCUCCUCGUCGCCGAAGCCCUCUCAUCAGCCUGCAUCCACGACACCUGGCCUCUCGACAUCCUUCUCCCCACCGAACGCUACCUCCAACAACAUCGACACCAACCCUGCACCCCAUCCUACAUCCCCAUCCUCACCCACCUCCGCAACAACCCCCAAAUCCUCACCGCAACCACCGCAUCCGAUCCCCCAAACCGCGUGACGGACGCCCUGCUCCCACGCGCAGGCCACCUCCUCCCCAGCAUCCUCUCCCACUGGCACGUCGAUCCGACCCCGGACUCCCUGGCCACCCACCUCCACGCGACCCUGCACUCCACGAUCCUGAUAUCCGGCGCCGCGCAGCACCCUCGCAAGAAGCCGUCGAUCGAGUUCUUCAUGAUGCAUUCCGCGAAUCUGUCCGCGCUGUUCCCUACGUUUGUGGUGGGGUUGGAGUGGCUGGACGAUGCGCACAAGGCGAGAUUGUUGAAUUGGAAGGGUUGGAUGGACCUCGUGAUCUAUGCGGCGAACGGGUGUCCGGAGUUAUUUGUGGAGAGGGUGAAGGGGUAUGUGGGGAAGGGGGAGGGGAACGGUGGUGGGUGGGAGGAGGUGCUGAGGAGGGCGAGGAGAUAUCCUGAUGACGGGCACUCGGCGAAGUUUGUUAGGGCGGUGCUGUGUGCAAAGGAGGUUGUUGGUAGUACGGAGGGUGUGGAGGUGGAUGGGGGAUUGGGUGAGGGUGAUUUCUUGAAGAUUGCGCGGAUGGCAAUGGAUUCUGUGGAGAGGAUGUUGGUACCUGGGUAUCGGCUACCCGAGGGGCAGAGGAGGUUCUACGUGGAGAAAUUGGGAGUCCAUGAGGAGGUGGCGAAAAUUGUGGUGAGGUUUGUCAGGUGGUGUGGCGUUGAAGGGGCUUGGGAUGGGUUUGAAGACUUGGAUGAGAAAGAAGAGGGUGGAGGGCAGGAGGGGAGGGCCAAGUUGUGAAUAAUUGGAUGUUAGGUUGUUGUGAGCGUAUAU